AUGCAUGAAUUUCCGCCCAAAAAGUUGAACGCCCCUAAACCCCAAAAAAUUCUCCGAAAAUUUGACCACAUUUUCCGGGAUUUUGAUCACAUCCUGAAUCCCCUGAAUCAAUUUCCAGAAUCAUCCACCCAANAAAAAUUCUCCGAAAAUUUGACCCAAUUUUUAAUCCAAAUUUACCCAAAUCAUUCACACCACAACCAAAACCAGAUCUCCAAAUACAUACAAACUACACCAACCCAUACCACAUACCAUCCACCCAACCAACAACCAACUAAGAGCACAACAUCAACAUCAACCAAAACUCAACCCACACAUUCAUCAACCACAACACCCAUCACCACCACCACCAACAAAUACAUUAUUAAUUAA